AUGCCCCAGCCCCUGGCCCUGCCCCUCUGGCUCCUUGCAGUCGCUGCCUGUGCCCGCUGUGCCGGCGCCUUCGGCUUCACCUGGUGCCUGCUGCCCUACGAGCUGCCAGGCUACGCCAGCUGCGCCGGGCGCGGCAUCACCCAGCUGGGCCCGGCCAUCGCCCCGCUGCCCAACUCCACCCUCUGGCUCAACGCCUCCCAGAACGCCCUGCAGGGCCUGGCGCCCGCCACCUUCGCCCACCUGCCCCGCCUGCGGGAGCUGCGGCUCGACCGCAACCGCAUCCGUGCCCUGCAGACCGGCGCCUUCCAGGGCCUGCGGGAGCUGGAGCUACUGGACCUCAGCCAGAACCGGCUGGCGGCCCUGGGCCCCACGGCGCUGGCGGAGCUGACGGGCCUGCGGGUGCUGCUUCUGGGGGGCAACGCCCUGGCCGCCCUCCACCCCACCGCCCUGGCGGCCCAGCCCAGCCUGCAGGAGCUCCACCUGCCCCACAACCAGCUCUCCCGGCUCCAGGAGGUGGCCACGGCCGCCGGGAAAUUGGCCAACCUCUCCAUCCUCGACCUGGACUCCAACCGGAUCUCCGCCCCAUGCCCCGGCCCUGGCCUGCUCUCCAUGCCCUUCCUGCGGGACCUCAACCUGCGGAACAACAGCAUCGCCUGGCUGGACCUCGCUCGCUGCUCCCUGCCCGGCCUGCGCUCGCUCAACCUGACCCGCAACAACAUGAGCCGGCUGGCGGCUGGUUCCUUCCGCGCCGCGCCCGGCCUGGAGAAGCUGAGUUUGGACGAAAACCCCCUCAACAUCUCCCAUCUUCUGGGCCUGCCAUUGCCCAACCUUACAGCCCUGCACUGGUCCAGCAUGCGCCCGGCGCUGGACUCGGACCUGGGGCUGGCCUGCCAGGUCCUGGAGAGCUUGCCGGCGCUGACCAGCCUGGACAUCAAACACUCCAAGGUCCCGCCAUCCCGGCUGGCCCAACUGGGCGCCUGCACCAACCUAACCUGGCUGGACCUGUCCACCACCCCGCUGAGCCGGCUUCAGGGGGGCGUCUUCCGCUUGUUCCCCCACCUGGAGUCCCUCUCGCUGGACAAGUGCAAGGUCCAGGAGCUGAAGCAGAGUGCCUGGGGCGGGUCGCUGCCCCGGCUCCGGGUCCUCGUCCUGCGGCGCAACCACCUCACCAAGCUGGAAGACGGCAUCUUCCGGCCCCUCAGCGCCUUGACCCACCUGGACCUGUCCAGGAACCGCCUGACCUACCUCUACAAGGGGACCUUUCUGGGCAUGGCCUCCCUGAGGACCCUGCUGCUGCAGGGCUGCCAGCUGGCAUCUGUCACCCGUGACACCUUGGUCUACGCCCGCAAGGUGGAGACCCUGGACCUGAGCGACAACAACCUCAGGUACAUCAAGGCGUCCGCCUUCCAGAGCCUCCACCAUCUCCACACCUUGCUGCUCUCCAGCAACCGCAUCCUCACCCUCCAGAAAUGGGCCUUCAAGGGGCUCACCUCCCUCCGCCACCUCUCGCUGGCCCAGAACGGUCUCUACAAACUCUCCCAGGGCUCCUUCUUGGGCCUGAAGGCCCUGGAGACCCUGGACCUCAGCCGCAACCGCCUCCUGGCCUACAGCAAGUAUGACUCGCCUGCCCCCUUCGCCGGCCUGCCGGCCCUGCGGGGCCUGGAUCUCAGCUCGCAGGAGGCCCGGCCCCCCGUCGGGCUGCCCUCCCAACUCUUCCAAGGGCUGGGGAACCUCCAGGAGCUCAACCUGAGGGACAACCCUGGCGGCAUCUUCCUCAACCUCUCGCUGGCUCCCUUGGCUGGCCUCCUCUCCCUGGAUCUCUCCAACAUCUACCCCAGCCGGGAAGGGCUCUUCAGCCUCUGCCCGGGGCUCUUCCGAGGCCUGGGCAGCCUCCGGUGGCUCAGGCUGGACGGCAGCUCCCUCCGGGACCUGCCCGGCGAGGUCUUCUCCAGCCUGGUCUCCCUGGAGUGGCUCUCGCUGCGGGAGAACGGGCUGCGCAACAUGAGCUGGGCCCCGCUGGCCGGCCUGCCCACGUUGCGCUUCCUGGACGUGGCCGGGAACCCCUUGGCCUGCUCCUGCGAGAACGCCUGGUUCCAGAACUGGUCGGCGGCGGAGCCGGGGGUCCAGGUGGCCCUGCUGGGCUCCUACCUCUGCCUGGGGCCCGGCGUGAGCGAGGGGCUCUUCCAAGCCCACGAUCUCUCCUUCUGCUGGGCGGACCUGGGCGUCGUCUUCUUCGCGGGAUCGUUCGCCGCCACCUUCCUGAUGCUGGCAGGGUCCCUGGCCGGGGCUAAGCUGGGCUGGACCCUGCGCUACGGCUACUACCUGCUGCGGGCCUGGGGCCGGGGCCGGCUGCGGCGGGACCGGCGGGGCUACCAGUACGACGCCUACGUCUCCUGCUGCGCCGAGGACGAGGCCUGGGUGGUGCAGACGCUGCUGGCCAAGCUGGAGGAGGAAGGGCAGCCCCGGUUCCGGCUCUGCUUCGGGCCCCGCGACUUCGCCCCCGGGGCCUAUUACCUGGACAACGUGCAGCGCGGGGUGAGCAGCAGCCGCAAGGCCCUGUGCCUGCUGAGCGCCCGCGCCCUGGAGAGCGAGUGGUGCUCGCUGGAGAUCCAGCUGGCCUGCGCCCGCACCUACUACCAGGGCCACGACCCGCUGGUCGUCGUCUUCCUCCAGGACAUCCCCAGCUACCGCCUCUCCCCCUACCACCGCCUGCGGAAGCUGGUGAAGCAGCGUAGCUACCUGCAGUGGCCGGAGCAGCCCGAGGCCCAGGACGUGUUCUGGACCCAGCUGCGGGAGGCCCUGGGGGACGGCCGGGAAGCCGCGGGGAUGGUUCAGUUCAACGUGGUCGAGUAA